GUUCAGGCUUGUUUUGUGUUUAUCUAGCAACGUCAUUGUAAUCAGACACCAGACGAAGACGUUCCUGCAGAAGGUGAUUUUGUCACUUGGUCCAACAUUUAGAUUUAAAAAAUGGUGAAAGUAACAUUUAACUCGUCCUUUGGACAAAGGGAUUUGAAGAAAGCAUGCAAUGGCGAAGCGCUUAUUCCAGAUGAGAGGGACCUGGAGGAUGGCAUGCGGGUGCGUCGGCAGUCCAAGGUGUGGUGCUGGUGCAUGUGCCUGGGCCUGGCUCUCAUGCUGUCAGGUGUGGUGGUCGGAGGGGCCUACCUCUACAAGUCCUACAUACUGCAGGAGGGCCAGGUGUAUUUCUGCGGGGUGGAGUACCGUGAACAGGACUACAUGGUCCAGGACGAGGUGGAGGUGGCCCUGCCCUCUGCGCUGAGACACAUCCAGGAGAGCAUCCGUGUGCUGGAGGAGGUGGAGCUAAUCAACGUGCCCGUGCCCGAGUUCUCAGACAGCGACCCGGCCGAUAUCGUCCACGACUUCAACAGCAGGCUGACAGCCUACCUAGACCUGAGCCUGAACAAGUGCUACGUCAUCCCCCUCAACACCUCCAUCGUCAUGCCUCCCAAGGACUUGCUGGAGCUGCUCAUCAACAUCAAGGCUGGUACCUACCUGCCCCAGUCCUACCUGGUCCAUGAGCAGAUGAUGGUGACCGAACGUCUGGAGAACGUUGACCAGCUGGGAUACUUCAUCUACAGCCUCUGCAAUGGCAGAGACACCUACAAGCUGGAACGCAGAGAGGCCAUACUGGGCAGGGAAAAGCGUGAAGCCCUGAACUGCAGGACGAUCCGUCAUUUUGAGAACAAGUUUGUGGUCGAGACACUCAUCUGUGAGCCUUAGAAGGGAGAGGAAGGGACUGGCUGCUUCAGACAACCCAUGUAUAGUUUCACUCACUGUCUACAGUGAGAUUUUUAACCCUUCUCUCUCUCCUGUAUCACCCCUCAUAGAUCCGUUACUCUUCUGUACUGCUGGUAGUUUGGAGGGAGAGUUGUCAAAUUAUGUCAAGAUGAUUCCAAGGCAAUACUGUUGUAUAAGGUGUAAAACUAAUGAAUUUUCCACUUUGUGUAAAGUAAGUACCAUUUUCAUUUGGGGGCAACUUCUCUUCAAAGAAUAAGAUCUGUGUUCAGCUUUUCUAUAUUUUGUGGGAAUUGUUUUCUAUCUUUAUUCCUCUGGGGUUUAUUAAUGUUAAAGAAACACAAAGUGUUUAAACAGACACUAAAGUCACAGUUAAUAACUGUGUUAAGGUAUAUAACUAGAUUAAUUAAAUAUAAACUCAAUGAGAAUAUGCAUACUUCAGCAUAGAAAAUGAAUGAUUUUUGUAUCUGCUGUCACCAGUACAGUGCAAUGAAACAAGAGGAAUCUCACACCACAGGUCCGUCUGAAAACGGAGCAUGUGGUAACUAACUUGUGUAUAUAGUCUGUAAAAAUGAAGAUUAAUACCACAAUAAAUCUUAAUCGUUU